AUGAUGAGUUGGUCUUCGAGAGGAUUCGUUUCCCUCCUGUCGUUGCUCCUGGUCGGCCUCAUAAUGUCAGUAGACGCAGAGCUCAAUUACACCACCACCACCACCACCACCACCACAACAACAACAACAACAACAAAAUUCACAUCGACAACAACAGCAACACUCUCUUCCACUCCUUCAACGUCAUCUCCAUUCAUCGAAACCUCAGCUCCUUUCUCUAUCCCCACAAGCUCUACACUUCCUCCUGCCUCAACCCCUCUCCCUGUCGGAAAGUGUGGCGACGGUCGGCUGGAUAGCGGCGAGGAGUGCGACGACGGGAACGCGGAGGACGGGGACGGUUGUAGCCGUGAGUGCAAGGUGGAAGGGUCGAUAUGGACGUGCACUGGACAGCCGUCAUCGUGUCUUCUCAACGUCGUCGCUGCCUUCACCCACCUGGAGCUGAGAGGAGAACACCAGAUCCCCAACGCGAGGAACAGAGUGCGGGUCAUCAUCGCCUGCAACGUCGAGCUCCAAAACCUCUCGCGCGUCACCUUGACGGGUCUUACCAGCUCGUCAAACCUCGCUGAGGUUCAGAUCUCCGGGCAGAACCUCGUCAGCCCAGCUCCAUGGCAGCCAGUCGCUGGCCAGCUGCUGCUGACCCUGUCAAGUGACAUCCUCCUGCCCAACGUGCUGUUGGCAUUCGAGAUGAUGAUCGACAACCCGCCGCAAACUCUUGACAACGUGACCGUGAGCUGCUCGGGCUGCUCAAAGAUUCCUUCAAUCUCCAGGUUGCAGCUGGCGGGAAAGGCUGCAGUCCUCUUCGUGACCCCCCCAGUUGCCCCAUCGUGCUCGGUUUCUCAGCUCUUCGGCUCUGCAUGUCAAUAUAAAUGUUACGGUGUCAUCUCAGGCUCCCAGUGCCUCUGCCUCGUGGACCAUUUCGGAUUUGACUGCAGUCAAAUCGCCAUCAAGGACGCCAGUCUCUCAGCUGCCCCUGUGCGGGCUACAGCUGGGGUCAAGACAGUCGUGCAGUCACAGCUUGGCACUGGCGUCGAGGUCCCUCCAGGCGCUCUCGAUGCUGAUGCCUUCAUCUCAAUGGACGUGUUUGACGUGCUUGUCAAGGUUGCACAGGGGGAGGAGGCAGUUCCAGUCGGGCCGGUGGCUGUCUUUCAGCCGGAGGGGCUGACUUUCAAGGCUCCUGUCAAGAUGGCUCUCUCGCUCAACUCCUCCCUCGUGCCCACAGGAAAAAAAGUGUCAAUCUGCUUCAGCAAGGCUACAGCAAGUUUGCCGACAUGGGAGUGUCUCGAUGGAAGCUGGCAAGUGGGAGGUACUGUCUUCGCGUACACCACUCACUUCUCCAUGUACUCAGCGAUGGCUGUCAAACAGCAAGUAGCUCCUUUGCCGCAGGAGAAAGUCGUCCCGUACCUCCCAUCGCCACUACUCUCUGUUCCUCCGUCUCAAGUCUCGAAGCCCAACAUUGACGUCACCCUGACGCUCCCGAUGUCUCAGUCAACCUUCAACGAGGAGAAGGAGGAGCUGCGUUACGUGCUAGCUGUGACUCUCCGACUGCCCGUCCAGCUCGUUGGCAACGCGUCAUCUGCCGGGUCAGGCUCCGGCAACGCUCAGCUGGACUCUUCCCUGGUGAUCAAGCUACAGGUCGAGAGCAACGACACUACGACAACGCUGAGGAGAUGUGACCUAGUCACCAUCAACCCCGUCCUCUCCCUCUACUCUCUUCCUAACGCCACAUCUCUGCAGUGCAGCCUGACCGGCCUCUCCCUGCUCGAUCAGCCCAUGGCUCUUGUCUUGAUCGUGCUUGGGGCUGUCCUCGGUGUCGUCCUGCUCUUCUUGCUGUGGGUGUUCAGGCGGAGGGUCUUCUGGAGGCUCAAGAGGACGCAGAGGGUUUCACCGCAAGCCGACAAGUCCGACGAUAAGGAUGACAUGGAGCAGGGGCCUGCCGGCAGCACGGCGGACGAGGAACAGCCAGCGCUGCGAUCUGUUGUGCCUUAG